UUCCCCUCGUCAGAAAAAAAAUUAGAAACUCCUCGCCAAACCCCUCCCGUUUCAGAGGCUAGAGGAGGCGAGUCCUUCGCAGGCGAGGGCGGCGAAUCGAGAGCAACUCUUGCUCGCAAGCGGGGGGAUGAAGCUCCAGAUCAUUCCGGUGACGGCCAGCGGAGCUGCGCCCGAUCCCUUCGAGCUCGAGAUCAGCGAGGCCUCCCAGGUUGGGCAACUGAAACAGUCCAUUGAAGCGAUGAUGGGGAACCAGUUGUGGAAAGUGUCAACGAUGGGGAUCUUUCACAGGGAUAGGGAGCUUCAGGAUACUUCAACCUUACUUGAGUAUGCCAUCAAUGAAAUGGAUCCGGUCACUGUAGUUUCGUGUGAGGUCAACAAUCGGGUGAACUUUCCUACUGGUGAUGAAGAUCUGUUUGCCAACGUUGAUCCAUCCACUGAUGUGUUCUUCACCAUUGAUGAGCUACUGGGGCUACAGAAUGAAGCACUUGAUGUUAAGAUGAUAUUGCCUACAAUUUUCAAGCAACUACUGAAUUGCACAACUUCACGACUCACCACAUUAAAACUGCUGGCCAAUUGCGGGACAAAGUUGAUAAUAGCCCACCAAGUUGGCUUUCGAAGCCUGAGGCAUUCGCAAUCCUAUCAAAUGCUAAUACGUUUGUUGCUGAGAAUGUUCAUGAGUAUGACAACCGGAGGAAUGGUGGUGUUGCUCUGGUGAGAUCAGCUAAUUAUGGAGAGUUCCUCCGCCAAGGUCCGGGCUAUAAGCAUUCUCUUCAAGAAACUACGAGGACUGUCACGAUAGAGAAACCUGCUGCAAAAUGGAAGAUAGCAGGAGAGAUCUUUAUGGACCGUUACGAGAUUAUGGGCGAUCUUUGGAACCGCAGGCGUGUUCACCUGGCAAAUGAUGAUACUUUUAGUUUGAUUCAAUGGAUGACAGCAAACCCUAAGCAAAAGGAUACCAUGAAAGAAGAACUUUCUAAUGUUGUGAAAGCAGUGAGUGAGAUGACAGGUCAACUGAAUGCUGUUGCGGGCGAUGUAACCUGUCUGAAAAGCGGGCUUACGGACGUCAAGACUGAUCUAACAUCAAUGAAGCAGAGUCUAACGGACAUCCAGAUGAGUCUUGCUGCUCUUGUGCACCGGCUUCCUCCUCAAGGUUCUUGAAGCAUUCGGAUGACCCGUCUCAGCUCACCGAAGUCCUGUCAAAAGCAUCAUGUGCAUGGGUAGUUAAUUGAUCCAACUCACGGAAGUCCUUUACUGAAACAGUGGGUGCAUCUGCAUCGUGUGGUUAUUUGAUCGGCCACUGAGGUUCUAGAGGAUGAUGGUGACAUACCGUUUUGGUAACAAUGUCGCUGGAGGCUUGGAUACUACGAUGGUUAUGUUGUUUUGUUCUGGCGACUGGUCCGACCUGCUUCACGCGGCAAGAAGUUUUUUGGUCAUUUUUCUGUUCA